AUGGGCCAGGUGAAUUGCUGCCGCGGCUCCAGCAGGAGAGACCUGAGCCCUCGGGUUCCCUCGUUGCCAAAGGACACUUCUCCCGUGCGCUCCAGGCUCCAGGAGCGCUGGCCAGGCGCUUCUGCUCCACCUCUCUUUGCUCUCUUCUCCUUGGCAGACGGUGGCGCCCGCAGCAGGAGGAGGAGGUGGCUGCCCUGGCGCUUUGUGCGGCCAGGGACCUCGGCGGCUGCAGAGGCACCGGGGCCGUCGGGCUCUGCCCGCACGGGUCUUCUCUUUGGCCGGCCCCUGGUGGAUCUCUGCAGCCAGGACGGCAUGCUGCCCCAGCCCAUGCAGGACCUGCUGGCUCUGCUGCACGAACAGGGGCCAUCCACGGAGGGGAUCUUCCGGCUGGCGGCCAGCGAGCGUGCCUCCCGGGAGAUCAGGGAGGCCCUGGACAGCGGGACCGAGGUCCACCUGGCAAGCCAGCCGGUGCACGUCCUGGCCGUCAUCUUGAAGGUGAGCCCUGCUGACCUGGAGUCCGGCAGCUCCCGGCUCUGGCGCUGCUGACGGGCAGCUGCCCGAGCAGGAGCCCAGAGCCGGGAGCUGCUCGGCACCCAGC